CUAGUACGAGAAUACGCAGUUGCUGAUUUUGUUAUGCUUGUCCAUUGUGUUUCAUUGUUCUUCUUCAUGUUAGCUAAAUAUCUUGAACAAUUCUUAAAGUAGAACUAAUAUCUUUUAAGCACUCAAAACCCUUCAGAAAACUGUGCCUGUAAAAAGUAACUCUUGUUUUACCUAAAGAGCCAGAAUAUAUUCCUGAGCCUGAAGAACCAGAACCAGUUGUCGUGGUUGAAGAACGAGAGCACAUUACUCUUGUUGAAGAAAGAGAAGUUAUUGUUGUUCCUGAAAAACCUAAACCUGCUAUAGUGCCUAAAAAACCCAAGCCUGCUGUUGUACCUAAAAAAGCAGAACCAGCAGCCCCACCUAAGAAGCCAGAAGCUGUGCCUAAGAAGCCAGAACCUCCACAUUAUGAAGAAGAACGAGAGAUACGGACAUUUGUUGGACGCAGAGAAAUGGAACAAGUAACUGUUUACCAAGAUAUAGAGGCCAUCACUGCACUGGAAGAACCUGAGCAGGUUUUGGCUUUUGAAAUACCAGAACCUGAAGAAUACAUUCCUGAAGAACCAGAGGCCAUCAUCCCACCAGAAGAACCUGAGCCUGUUGCUAUUCCUGAAGAACCUAAACCUGCUCUUGUGCCUAAAAAACCCAAGCCUCCUGCUGUGCCCAAGGAACCAGAACCUGUGCCCAAAAAACCUCUCGUAGUGCCUAAAAAGCCAAAAGUUGUUCCUGUGCCUAAAAAACCAGAACCUUCAGCUGUGCCUAAGAAGCCCGAAGUCGUGUUUAAAAAACCACCAGCUAAAGAGGUUGAGGAGUAUGAAGAAGAACGAGAGAUACAGACGUUUAUUGGAUACAAAGAGCGACACCAUAUGCCUGUCCGCCAAGAGGUAGAGGUUAUAACUGCGUUUGAAGAACCCGAAGAGGCUGCAGAGUAUGAAAUACCAGAGCCUGAAGAAUACAUUCCUGAGGAACCAGAGGCCAUCAUCCCAUCAGAAGAACCUGAGCCUGAACCAGAACCAGAACCAGAACCAGAAGUUGUUGCUGCUCCUGAAGAACCAGAGGUGAUUGCUGUGCCUGAAGAACCUGCACCUCCUAUUGUGCCUAAAAAACCAAAGCCUGUUGCAGUACCUAAAGAAGCAGAACCCACUGCAGUACCCAAAAAACCAAAACCCAAAAAGCCAGAACCUGUGCCCAAAAAACCAGAACCUCCUGAACUGACUAGAAAGCCCAAAUUUGCUGUUACACUGAAAAAAAGAGAACCUCCAGCUGAGCCUAAGAAACCAGAAGCUGCAGUUAAAAAACCAGAACACCCACCUAAAGAGGCCGAGGAGCAUGAAGAAGAACAAAAGGUACAGACGUUUAUUGGAUACAGAGAGCGAUAUUAUGUGCCUGUCCACCAAGAAGUACAGGCUUUGGCAGCAUUUGAAGAACCUGAACAGGCUGCGGAGUAUGAAAUACCAGAGCCUGAAGAAUACAUUCCUGAGGAACCCGAAGCCGUCAUCCCAUCGGAAGAACCUGAGCCUGAACCAGAAAUCGUUGCUGUUCCUGAAGAACCAAUUGCGGUACCUAAAGAACCCGAAUAUCCACCAGCAAAAGGUACAUGACAUAGUAUUCUCUACAUGAAAGAUGUGUCAUCUGUAAAGCAGAUUUUUGACACACAUUAUUUUGCCAACUUUUUGUUGAACAGUUCAAAAAGCAGUCUUGUAGAUAAAGCUGAACUGUAUGUAUGCAUUUGUUGUGUGUGUGUGUGUGUGUGCGCAAGAAAGGAAGAAAGGGGGCGAGAGAAGCAAUAAGGAAAUAAGGUGCUUUUUGAUUCUGCAAAAUAAUUUGUUUAUACGUGUAUGGGUAUAAAGCGUCCAUCACAUUAGUGGAUCUAAACUGCAAUGUAUGUGUGGAAAUAUUCACUCGAAUAUUCUGAUCAGAUAAUAUUCUGAUCAGAUAAUGUCUGAUAUGCCUGUGGUUUCAUGGGUUUUCCCAGUCUUUUAAUAAACAAACUAAUAUCU